GAUUCCCACAGAAAGGCGGACGAAGAGAGGAGGACACAUACGCGGCGCGGUGAUUGCCUGCCUGCCUGCCUGCCUCUGCUUUCGUAUAUUAGGCAGCAGCCAGUGCUUUUGGCUGUGAGCCCAGACAGGGCUUUUGUAAUCAAAACAUGAUCUUGUAUGCUGUGCAGCCAGUACUGAGAGAGGCCGACGGAUGGCUCUCCUCUUUUAGCUCUGCUCUGGAAUCCGCCUCACCUCACCUCUGAUGUCCAAAAUGCACCGAUCUGAUGCCACUGUGGAUGAUGCCGUGCUGCGGAAAAAAGAACAAAAAGAUGUUGAAUUGGAUAAGAAAAUCACAGCACUGCGCAAAAAGAACGAAGCUCUUAUGAGAAGAUAUCAGGAAAUAGAAGAAGACAGAAAGCGAGCAGAGCAGGAGGGAAUGGCUGUAACCUCAAGGAAAGCAAGGCCAGAUGGUCUGACCAUCACUAUCACCAAAGCCCAUAACGAGAAAAGAGUCGUGAGUGAGAAAUGGGAACCCAGCUGCCUUCCUCCCUCAGGCUUUGGGAUCGGCAGUGAGGAGGAGGAAGAUGACGAGGAAGCAGAUCAUUUGUUUACGUUCAGGAUGGGGAAGAGGGUUCAAUUGGCAGUUACCAUGGACAAUAAAGCCAAGGGAAAGCGGCUUGUCAGUGAAAAACGGGCGUCAGAGUGUCUUGUGAGCCCUGUGGAGGCCCCGGACAUCAGCGAAGAAGAGAUGGAUCAAUUGGUUGCUUUCCGCAGGGGAAGAAGAAUGCAGAUUGCUAUUACGAUGGACAACAAGGGCCGGGUAGAUGAAAAGAGAACAGUGGAGAGGAGGUGGUCAGAGGGCGACAAGCACUCUGAGAGUGCGCUCGUCAAAAAGGAGAGAGGUAAAUCUCCCCAGAAGAGCCCAGGGGAGAAGGGUUCAACCCUGACUGGGAGAGAGCGGUCAGAAUACAUGCGAUGGAAGAAAGAACGGGAUCAGAUCGACCUUGAGCGUCUGGCACGCCACAAGAAUUCAAGGGGAGAAUGGCGACGGGCUUGGGACAUAGAAAAAUCAGAGCGCAUGUUUGAGGAUGUUAAGGAUGGGGAACCAGCCUUGGAUUGUCCCCACAGUAAGAAAGGUGGAAGAAAUGCCCGCAAAUCCCAGCACCGUCCAUUGCCUUCUGAAGGAAAAGGUGGAGGACAACACAGAAGGAGCACCAGUGAAUCUGCCUCCAGAACAUUGCCAGUCAUGAGCAGUAAAGCCAGAGGGAAGGACAGACUGACCGGCAGAGCCAGAAGAUGGGAUGCCAAGGAAGGUGAAGAAAUGCCCUUUGUAAAGGAUGAACCUGAUAAUCAGAGAUCUGCUAGCACUGAACAAUUAAAGAAUCAAACUGUGGCUGGUGAAGAAGUCAAGGAGCAUAACUGCCCAACAGGGUUAGAGAAGAAUGAAAUGCCACACUCCAUGCCACAAGCCAAAAUAGAUGGAGUGAGUCCAUCUGCAGGUGAAGACCAGGGUGCAAAUGAAAAAGCCAGGGUGUGUCUUACCCAAGAUAUGUCUACAGUCAUCAUGGAUGAGACGGAGGCAGAUCCCAAGCUCCAUAAGACAAUAAUUGUGGUUGCUCCAUCCCCAGAGGGCAACUGUAUAAAGAACAGCUCUUGCCAAGAAGGGACCAUGGCACAGGUUUCUGUGGGUGCCCUCAAGGAAAUCAAUUCUGCUGUCUAUGAAGUUGGCUUAGACAAAAAUGAACAUUCUGAAAGGAACCCUAGUGAGGACUGUGCAGAAAACCUUAGCGAGUUGCCAGUCAAGGAAGAAGUAGGUGGUGGAAGCCAAGGACUGUCAACAGUAAAACAAGUGGGAGAGAUCCAAACUGCUGCUGUCAAGAAGCAAAUAAUCCCUGUGAAAGAAAGUGUUGCCCCUGCCUGCCUUGGACUUCGGGAGGAGUUCAGGUCUCUAAGUAAAGAAAUGCCCAACAGAACGAAUGAAUCUGCAGAGGAAGGGACAGAAAUGAGGAAUAAGAAACAAGACCAACCUCAGCCAUGCAACGAAGAACAGAAUUAAUAUGAGGUAGAACACACUGGCUCCCAAGAGCAUGAAGGGCAGCAUGUUAAUAAAACAAGGCUGGGUACAAAAGAUGAUGAGCACAACCUAUUCUUCAAGACCGGGCCUUCACCCUCCAGCUCCCAGUUAACACCAGCCACUGCAGGAGACGUUCACCUGCCUAGGAGCCAGUUGUGUCCUGAAAUUGUCUACUCAGUUUUGGCAUCACUCCCCCUCAGAGCACAUCUCUGUGCCAAAGGACAGAAAAAUCUCACGCAAACAAAAUGCCUCCCGAAGAGAAAGGAAAGGAAAUGCUGACACUUUUAUUUGACACUUAACUUUGGUUCUCUUCCCCUCCCCCUAUUGUGGGCACGUGACAAGCCAUGAGUUAUCUAAUGUAUGCACUUUAUUUUAUUUAAUAACUAAUUUUAUUUAAAACAUGAGUUUGCUUUGAAGGUAUUUCCCCCUUCUUUUUCUUCUGUAUACUGGUUGAUGGACAGACUUUCACUUCCAAAAUGACAGGGCAAACCUUACAGAGCCUGGUUGUGUGCUUGAUUUUUAUGGAUGGUUGGCCAGUUAGAGACUAUUACGAAGACGCAGCCAUCUGCUUAGUAAUAAAGAUGGCUGAGGUUAUAGUUAGCUUGGGAGGCAGUGAAGUUAUAUUGUGAUUUUGUACAAGGGUGACAGAAUGGUGAGGAGGGACCAGUGGUAGAGCAGAUUAAGGGCUACAGUUCAUUAAAGUUUCUCUAUAAUACUUUUUCUCUUAACCUUCCUGGUUUUGAACAUGUAACUCAUUUAUUUUCUAGUUUAAUAUAUUAAUGAAAGUACCUACCUCCCCAGGUGUUUCAUUAGAGCAAGUUGUUGUUCUUACAUAUGCAAAGGAGACCCUCAAAUUAGCAUCAUUUCUGAGAGCAAAAUAUCCAGGGUUUGUCUCUUAAGAUGUAGCCUUGUUCAUAUCAGAAAACACAGUGGAUGGAGAUAAACAGACAUGAAAAAAUGCCUCUUUGUAAAUGGUUAUGUCGUGGGUGACUGUGAUGUUGGAGCAGAGACAUGUAAAAUCCGAAAUUUGAUUUUGGCAUCUCCUGUGAAAGUACACGAAGUGUUUUUUAGAUUGCAGACAAAAGUACUAGAUGGGCCAUUGGGCCAGGUAGGGUUUUACAUAGCAACAAGAUGUGACAGUGCGAGUUGUGUAUCAUUUCAAUUAUUGGUCUGUAGG